GAGAAAGGGCCCUCACUCCCAUGCCCGUGUCGUUCUCCCCUCCCUCUCUCUCUCUCUCUCCCUCGCGUCUUCCGACCUCUGCUCUGUUCUUCUCCCUUCCUUCAUCCUCCGCCUCGCUGAAAUCGUCGGCCAAUCAGAUCCAGUGGAAGCCGACGCUUGCUGAAGGGCCGACAGAGUGAUCGAUUGCGGCCACCUUUGCUUUGUCUCCUGAUCGCCCUGAUCUACUAACGGAAUAGGAGUAGGAGAGGGCGCGUUGUUGAUGGUCGUCCCGCCGGACGAGGUGGGGCGAGAAUAGCUCCCCGAUACAUGGGAGCUUACGAACGUCCUGCUGACCUGGAGGCAUGACAGAUUCACAGAACAAAGCAGGGUUAUAUUUUCUGGAGAUAUCAUGGUGGAAUCUGGGACAUGCAAUGUUUGCUCUGCUCCUUGCUCUUCUUGUAUGCAUCGGAUGGCUGUAUCAUUUGACCCAAAUGUUGACUGUGGAUCUUCUGAUAAUAAAUAUAUCAGGAAAGAAACAGAUAGUUGUUCUUUCAAUGAUAUCAAGCUAAGAUCGUGUGAUGAUUUACAGACUGCAGCUAGUGAAACAAGCAACUUAUUGAGUGGAAGUUCGAGCAAUGAUUCAUAUUCUGAAAAUGCAGAAAGUAGAACAACAUUAAGGAACCCUUCAGCAUAUGAGACUUCUGAAGAUGUUGACAUGCUCCCAGAGGUUUCAACUGUUGAAGAGGAUGACAAAUUUGUUACUAAAGAUGUUCCGGUUGAGGGUCAUGAAAUGCCAUGCAAGUCUAGUGGGGCUGCUAUGCUGCAUAGUGAAUUGGACGGAGAGUAUUGUAUGCCAAGAUGCCACAGAAAUAGUGAUUCAUGCAUGCCACGGACUAGAGAUGGCAACACAUUAGGUUUAGAUCAUAGUUUGAAACAGGCUAACAAAGAUGCUCCUUGUAGCUCAUCAUCGACUUGUAAGUUUAACACUGAGGAAACUAAAAUGGCAAUUCAAGGUGAAGACACUUAUGAAUCUCGUGGUUAUGGUAUGGAAGGAGACCAUGUUAGCUCAAGGAUGCUGAGCAUGUACCACAGAGAAUUUCUUCACAAGAAAAGGCCCAGUCCACUUAAUGUAGGCUUUUCUAUUAUGUCUGACCUCACAAAGAAGAAUAGUCCACAAAAAUUAAAUUCAAAUUCGCCUUGUCAAAGUAAUCAUACUUCUAGUCAUAGUGUUGAUGGUUGUAAUGACACGGAAUCAAAUAAACCAUCUCAGUUUCAGGGAGCAUUUCAUGAGUGCUUAAUAGUUAAGGAUGGAUCACCGUGCCAUAGAUUGUUUUCUGUUGGUAGCAAUCACGAACAAAAUCUGAUCUCAUUUCCUGACAAUAGAGCUGGUAAAGAAACAGAUAUCGGGAGCAGUUCAUCUUUGGGAGAGUUCAAGAAUGAAGACCCAUGCUUGAAAUCUGUUACUGGCCUCGGUGGAUGCGAGUCCAGUCUGCAUCAAUCUGCAACGCAGCAUCAGUCUGUUCUUCCUGGUCAAGCCUCUGAAUCGGAUAACAUACUGUUUGAUGUAAAGGUAUGUGAUAUAUGUGGAGAUGCUGGCCGUGAGGAGCUUCUCGCUACAUGUAGUAGAUGCGUUGAUGGUGCAGAACAUACUUACUGCAUGCGAAUUAUGCUGACUAAAGUUCCUGAGGGAGAUUGGCUAUGUGAAGAGUGUCAGCUAAAGGAGGAAGUUGAAACAAAAGAUCUGAACAGAGUUGAGACAGUUUGUGGAACACCAAAUACACAAUCCUUGAACAAGAAAAUUCAAAAUCUUGGGAGCUAUGCAAAUGCCGAGAAUUCACAAAGGUUGUAUGCUAAGUCAACUGAUACUGAAACAUGCGAGUUUAAUAAAAGAGCAUGCAUACCCAUUAAGGAAACGCAGAGUCCAAUCCCAAGAAAGAGGCACAUGCACCAAAUGGAUGUGGCCCCACCAGCUAGAAAGAAGAUUGCUGGACAAAAGGAUGAAUAUUUAAAGCCGGUCAGUCCUAGGACAGGUGCAGUUUUCUCACGGGAAAAUUCAUUCAAAAACUUGAAUGUGGCAGAAGUAAAGCAGACUGGCGUGAUUUCCUCUCCUAGACACCAGUCUUUAAAUAAUUCCCAGAAUUUGUCUCGUUCACUUACAUUGGAUUCUCAUGAAAAUUCAUUUAAAGGCGUUCAUACUACUGAAUUAAAGGGAGCCAACCUAACUUUAUCUUCUAAAGGUUUGGCUACAAGCAAUUCUCCAACCCUUACUCGUUCACUUACAUUGGAUUCUAAAUCUGUCCAAAGAGAGCAUUAUUCUCCAAGGGGGACUCUUUCAAGGCAAGUUUCUUUUAAGAAAAAUGUUGAAGCCAAAGUAAAGAAAUUGCCUGAAGCUGUCUCCCAAAAACUAACUAGAGAGUCUACAUCAGGAAACACAAAAACAAUGACACUAGUGAAAACAUUGAGCAAAUCUGCAUCAUUCAAGAGUGUGAGCUCAGACCAUCUUAAUGAUGAACCAACGAAAGCUCAGACACUUAAAUCACCUCAAGCUGAGAACCCCAAAAUCUUCAAACAAUUGAAAGAAAGAAAUGUUAUGGAGAGAGCGAGAUCCACCGUUGUGGAAAGAAAUGUUAUAGAGAGAACUAGUUCCACCAUUGUUGUUGAUGAUACAAUUGUUGGUCCACCGCCAAUCAAAAGAAAGCAUAUUCCAAAGAUGGAUUUGAAGAUUGCACCACUUGACAGAGAUUCAACUAAUAAGUUUGAGACAACAAGCCUUACCAGUAGCAAAGGAUCCAAUACAGAAAAUAAAUUAGGACUGAAGAAACCACUAUCAUUUAAAAGUAAAAGCGUUGUCAAUGUUGACACUGGAAAUAAAAAGGUUGUUGAAUCUCAGAGAAGUGAAGAUAUUCAUGGAUCUUCCAUAGCAGCUAGAUCUUCCAAGAAUGCGGGUGGAGUUGCAACAGGAAGGGAGUCACCUUCUGCAGGCUCCCACCAGGUUCCAACAGAUGAGAAAACCAAAGAUAGUUUUGGCAAGUCAAGACUUGCCAUGUCAGGGGUGAUUCAUCAAUCAGAUCAUGCCAAAUUAAAUGAAGCAAACCAGGAUACUGACUCUUGCCAAAAUGCCAGACUUCCCAUGUCUUCAGCAAAACCUUCUGUUGAUGUGAGUUCAGACAAUAGGACAAGCAAGAGGGAUGAGUGGAGAGAUGCACCCAAAGCUACAAUGUGUAGAACUGUAACAGAUGAGAAAACCAAAGAUAGUUUUGGCAAGUCAAGACUUGCCAUGUCAGGGGUGAUUCAUCAAUCAGAUCAUGCCAAAUUAAAUGAAGCAAACCAGGAUACUGACUCUUGCCAAAAUGCCAGACUUCCCAUGUCUUCAGCAAAGCCUUCUGUUGAUGUGAGUUCAGACAAUAGGACAAGCAAGAGGGAUGAGUGGAGAGAUGCACCCAAAGCUACAAUGUGUAGAACUGUCAAUAUCUCUGAGUCGAGAUUGUGUAGCACAACCCAUGCUACUGAGUCUAUCCAAGUUGCAUCUGAGAACCAUCCUGCCGAUGUGAGUUUGGAAGAUGGGGCAAGAAAGAGGAAUAAGUGGAGGGAUGCCCUCCAAACUGUAAUGCAUAGCACAAAGAAGAUUAGGCCUGUUGAUAUAUCUGACUCUAGAUUAUUGAGGAAGAGUGCAGCUUGUGAAGGAUCUUCCAGAAGUUCUUUGUCAAGUAUAUCUAAGAACAACUUGCCUAUAAAAGAAGAACUUACAGGGAAAAGGAUAUUAGGUACCAAUGAUACUGACUAUAGCAGAAAAAAUAGUAUAGACGAUCAAGGCAAACACUUGGAGCCAUCAUUUGUUCGUCAAGUACAGGACCUAAAUGCCAACCCUACUGCUUUUUAUGAAGUGAAUGGGAGCAAUUUGACUCAAUUUUUACCUGAUCACUUGCCUUUACAGACAACUACUGUUAGAUCACUUGCCAUGCCAGAGCAUGAUUUUAUAUGGCAGGGUGUUUUUGAGAUAUUAAGAAUUGGAAGAGUUCCUGAAAUUAUCGGUGGAAUUCAAGCUCAUUUGUCAAAUUUUGCAUCACCCAAGGUGCAUGAAAUAUCAUGCCAAUUUCCUUACAAAAUUCAGUUGGAGGAAGUUCCUCGGGUUAGUUUGUGGCCAUUGCAGUUUCAAGAGACUGGUCCUAAAGAAAAUAACAUUGCUCUAUAUUUCUUCGCUAAAGAUUCUGAGAGUUUUGAAAAAACUUACCAGAAGCUAUUGGAGACUGCAUUGAAAAAUGAUCUAGCCCUCAAAGGAAAUGUCAAUGAACUAGAGCUUCUUAUAUUUCCUUCAAGUAUUCUACCUGAGAGUUCUCAGCGUUGGAAUACAUUAUUUUUCCUUUGGGGUGUCUUCAGAGUAAGGAAAUUGGACUCUUCAAAUCCUCAUACUGCUUUGCAUGACAAUCCUUGUGAAUCAAAGAUACCCAGCAAACCCCUUCAAGAUAUAUCUUCUCAGGCAUAUGAAGUAUCUGCCUUGCUGAAAAAUGAUUGCCAUCAGAACCUACCGAAAGAACUUAUUAGUAAUAAAUCCUGUGCUGAUAGAAGAGUAAAGUUUGAUUCUGUUGUGGACUUUCAUGGUACUUCAUCUACCAGCCUUGAUAAUGAUAAUCAUGACGUCAAAGAUUUUUGUGGCAUUAGAAAUUCAUUAUCCAAGGCAUCUGUUGAGACGGAGAGCAAUGAACUGCCAGAUCACUUCGCAUGCUACAGAACUGAACUGGGAAACACUAAUAACGAGGUCGAUGUUGGAAAAAUCACUCACGUUGAUGCUGUUAGUGAACAGAAAAAACUUACCAGAUCAUUAUCUGGAUAUUCAGUCCCUUCUGGUUUCCCACAAGAUGGUGAUGAGAAUCAAGAGAUGAGGGAGAAGAAGAACCCGGUGAAAAUAGAACCUCUGCCAGAAGAAAAAAUAAAAGUUGAUUGUCUGAGCUGGGAUUCAAAGCCCAACAUGAAGCGUGCCCGCUCUUGGUCAGAAACACUAUAUGGUGAAAGAUCAGAGAGUAUCGAAGCUUAUGAAUGGCAAGAUGAAAAAGAUGUCCCUAUGGAAGAGGAACGAGAGCACAAACGGACAAAAUUUGAUGAGGAAGGCCCUAUUUCUGCCGGUUAUAGAGUAGAUACAAACAUGGGAUAUGGAUUGUCAUCUAAUCUGCAUCCAUCUCUAACUAGCUACCUUGAAGAAAAGCAAAAUGGCGGCGGUGUGAACUACAGCCAUGCGAUGACUGAGAGAUCACAAUGCACUGAAAGGUGUUUCUUUCCGGUGGACUCCUGCCCCAGUAGGAGCGAGUUGAUGGAGAGCUUCAGAUACUUCCUUCCCCCAGUUGAUGAAAAUACACCACAAUCAAAUGCUCCUGAUCUCGAAUUAGCUUUGGGUGGCAAGAAGCCUUCGUCCAAGAAGGAAACAUUUCAGUCCUUGUCGCCAUUGGUUUACGACCGAAAACUCGAAAAACUCUCAAGUUCUACUACGGCCGACCACGAUGAUGACGAUUUGUCAGAAUCCCUCUCGUUAUCUCUUGCCUUUGCAGGCACGGAGAGAAAGAGAACAGGGAAGUCUGUUAAGAGACAAGAUCCUCCGGGAGUCAACACUUCGCUGAUUCUCUUCGGUGGCUUCAGUGGUCCUUAGACAUCUACAACCAUGCAUGCCUUGUACACUAUAGCCUAAAAUGCUUGACAUCAGAGCUUAGGGUAGCAUCAUCCAAACUUCAGCAAUGUGUUCAUAACCACCCACAACAACUUAUCUCGACUUGUGAGCUUCUUUUCUUUUUUAGUUGUCGAUUUCAAGAGUGAAAAUGUCAACGGCUCUUUGUAUAUAUAAGAGAUAGAAGGCAGCAAAUUUAGUGAUGCACUAGUACUUUUGUCUA